AUGAUGAUGACACGACGAUCAUGUCGAUCGCGUCCAGCGUCGGCUGGUGUAAUGCAUUCGAAAGGAUUGAUGGAUGAUAAAGUCGAGUCUAUGAUCCAAGCUGCGCAUGAACAUUUUAUUGAGACUACAAACGGUCAAGAGAACGAGCAAGAGGCUUGUACGAUUGAGAGCUCACAGACGAAAUUAAUAGACCACAUGGACAGUUUCCCGUUAGUGCCUCUUCCGAUUAUCCCACUCCUUGAUAGUCGAGACCUUGAAAAACUUGAACAAGGGCUUCGAAAUUUGCUUGAAAGCUUGACGUCACAUGAAGACAAACAACUUGGUAAUUAUGCGACUCGACAGCUGGCGCUAAUUCAACAGCACUUGAUGCAUUACCGAGCUCAAGAACGAGUAAUUCAGCUGCUUCGAGGUGAUGUGAGUGUGACUUUAGCGCCAAUUAAAACAAAGACACUAAAGAAAAGUUCGUCGUCAACUGCUGUGACGACUACACCAAUUCCAUCACGGAUUUGUAAUGAAAAGAAAGCUGUACCUUUCAAAUGGAAGAGUAAGAAGGCAGCAAUUGACAUGGCUCGUAAUAUGGUCCAAGCUAACGCACAGAAAAAUAAAGUGUGUCUUCUUCCAAAAGGUUUUAUGAUUUCUGCUGGUGAGAAAGUGUCGAAAAAACGAAGUAGACCACGCAUUAAGAAACGAAGUCCGGAAGAAGAAACGAGAGAUCGAGCGGAACAAAUCAAACGUAACCGCGAGAUUCGAAGAAUAGCGGCUUGUCAGCGAUUACAAGCGAGACGCGAGUUGCAAGCGAAGCGAAAGCAGGCUCAUAAGCUGAAAAUACAACGAACGAGUGAAAAAGACGAGAGAUUGAUGAUCAAAGACGUUGCUAGCAGCGAUAGUUGUGACGAGAGCGAAGAAAGUGAUGUCAGUAAUUGUUCUGAAAGUGACGAGGCGAAUGAAAAGGCUAUUCUGGCGCUUGAUGUCCGAGUUUCAAGUAUUGAGGAGGUCGAGGAUAAUGAUUUUAGCGACAGUGAUGGUGAGAAUGUUACGAUAGACGAAAGAAUGGUAAAACAUGAUGAAACGAAUUCGAAUCAAAGCCCAAUUACUGAUGACGAGCCAAAGAAGUUGGUGAUAUUGACAGAUUCUAUUGAUGCGGCAGAAGAUGAAAAAGUUCGUGAUGAUACAUCAACAUGGAACGAAAAGGAGGAGAAUCAGCUGCAAGAUACUCAGAAUGAUUCUUUUGCUUCUGAUCUCGAAAGAUUUAUGACUAACAGAGCAGCAGCAAAACUUCAACAAUUGCAAGUCGAGAAAGAAGCAUAUUCCGCGAAUUCGAUCAGUACCAUGAAACACGACUUUGAAGCUGAAUCUCAAGACUGUAAAGAAAGUUUUGAUAUAUAUGACGUUGAUAUCAAGGAGAGUGAUAAUGUGACAAAGACCGAAAUUCUCGAUUUUGACACUUUUGAAGAAAAUGAAGCUCAACAAAGUGUCAAAAUGGAAUUUCCUGGUACACAUCUUGGACUUCCGCGACUCCCAGUACUCGCAUGUAAUGAUUAUCGCUUUUACUUUCGCAAUUUUUAUUGUAUCUUAACUUCAGUAUACGAGCAAAUGCGUAGUUCUCUCUCUACAUGCUCAUCGUCUUCUUCCCUGUAUCAUCGUCCAAUUGGUGCUACUGGAUACCACACAAUGCGAUUGCAGCGAAAAUUGUAUGAAAGUUGGCAAAGUAUUAUGUACGACUACACCACAGUGUUUGGUCCAAAAAUUGUGAUUCCUGACGGAAUAGUACCAAUGGCAGCAGCUAAACCUUGGAUUCCUCACUAUCGAAUUAAUUCAACUGCACGAAAAGAAGUGUCAGAAAUUGUCAUGCAAGCUUUACAUCAUUUAGAUGAUCGAUGGGAAGAUCAUCCAGCAGGACUUGGAUUAAAAACAACGUGGAAUUUAUUGUGGACAUGGAGCAAACCGCGUGUUGAACGUCAAACAUUAUUAGUCUGGCAAAAAGUUAAUCAUUUUCAACAUGCAAAAGCUUUGACCCGCAAAGAUUGUUUAAAGAAACUAUUGGGAAAAUAUCAGGGAACUGGUGGACGAUUACAAGAAAUUUUUGAUAUUAUUCCUCGCACGUUUUUGUUACCAAAAGAAUAUGUAACUUUUGUUCAUGCUUUUCAGGAACGGAGUGAAGGAUUACGUCAUCGUAACAUAUCGGAAGAAAAGAAUAUUUGGAUUAUGAAACCUGUGGCUUUAUCUCGUGGACGUGGUAUUUCUUUAAUAAAUGAUUUGAGUCAAUUGAUUUAUGGAGAUCAAGUUGUGAUUCAAGAGUACAUUGCUGCUCCACGUUUAUUAAAUGGUUACAAGUUUGAUCUACGUUUAUAUGUACUUGUAACAUCAUUCAAUCCGCUUGAAGCUUUUAUUUACGAUGAAGGAUUUGUUCGUUUAUGUACUAGACCAUAUGAAGAUAGCGACAUCAGCAAUAUCUUUGUUCACUUGACGAAUAGCAGUAUCCAAAAGAAAAACGAAAACUUCACUACUGAUAGUGCAAAUGUCAAAGAAGUGAAGCAGACUUGGCAAAAUGAAGGAGAUUUCACUGCAGCAGAUUCUGGUGGAACAAAAUUAUCUUUGGCUUAUCUUUGGAAGAGACUUGCAGCUGAGGGUGUGGACGUAGUUGAAGUGAAACGAAACAUUGACGAAGUGGUGCUCAAAGCACUUAUUUGUGGGGAGGACGAAAUUCCGUUUCAAGUGAAUAGUUUUGAUCUGUUUGGGUAUGAUAUACUUUUGGAUUCGGACUUGCGUCCAUGGCUUAUUGAAAUUAAUUCGUCUCCUUCCAUGGCACGAGAAAAUGAUCUGGAUAUGCAAAUCAAGAAUGCUUUAAUGUUGGAUGCACUUGGUAUUGUAGAUCCGCUUCAUUUUGAUCGCGCAAAACUAGCUGAAGUGAUUGCACGUCGACAGCAUGACGAAGAGGAUGAAAAGAAGCGUCCACACGUUUAUACUCGUCAUCCUCGAGAGACCGAGGAAUUAGCAGCGCGGCAGCUUAAUGAAGACUUGACUGCCAUUUUACGAGGAAAACUUCCUCGUGCAUAUGGAGAAAUGCCUCAGCAUCUUGGGAAGUUUCGAAGACUUUGUCCUUAUACGAACAUGUAUAAUCAACUUGUUAAGUUCAAACGAAGUUACACCCGCAAAGUCUAA